AUGUGCCAAGGUGAAUGCAGUGUGAGUGGAGUGCGAUGCAAUGGUCAGGGAUCGUGUAAUAUGGUGUCGUUAAGCCCUGGCAAAACGCCCAAUUUUAGCUGCACUUGUGAAAAUGGCUACAGUGGAAACAAGUGCGAGAUUGCACCACGGUCAACGAAAGCCACCCCCACGAAAUAUUCGUCCAUUGGCAACGGUGACUCGGCUUGGAAAAUACUUGAUGACGACUCUGGUGUGGAGGACGUCACUGCAGACAGCUCACCUAGAGGCGGAUCUACGGACACCCCAGACGAAGGGUUUACGAAGACGCAGAAGAUUUCAUCUACUUAUACUUCAGACGAUCCGCCUUCCGACAACGUACAUAACUCUGAUGCUUUAAGAUCCUUUACUUCGGGCUCUUCGAAAGUGGCCGACAGCGGGUCGACGAACAAAAGUGGCAUCCAUACAGGCUGGCUUAUCUUUAUCCUUGUGAUCGCAGUGGUUAUCAUGCUCGGCACGGUUCUGUGGGUAGUAUAUAUUAUACGAAAAAGGAAGCAGCAGCAGGAGGCGGAGGAAUACGCCAAUGCGCUUGCUUCGGCUGAAGGAGUUGGUGCAGUGGGUCUGCGAGACCUUGCCGCUGGACACACAGGCCAUACUCCAAGAGCACACAUAGUUUUAGUGUGA